UAUUAAUUAUAACAAAGAGAAGAAGAGCAAAAUGAAGAAGCAAAUGCUAUGUUUCUUGUUCAUCUCUUUCUUUGUUGCUUCAUCUUAUGCUCAACUUAGACAAAAUUUCUACCAAUCCACUUGCCCUAAUGUCGAAUCUAUAGUUCGAUCAGCCGUCGCCAAGAAAUUCCAACAGACUUUCGUCACUGCCCCAGGGACGCUCCGCCUCUUCUUCCACGACUGUUUCGUUCGGGGGUGUGAUGCUUCGGUUUUUCUGACGAAUGCAAAUGCUGAAAAAGACCAUCACGACGACUUGUCUCUUGCCGGAGACGGAUUCGACACCGUCAUUCAAGCCAAGGCCGCUGUCGACAGCAAUCCUAAUUGCCGGAACAAAGUCUCGUGUGCAGAUAUAUUAGCUCUUGCCACCAGAGAUGUUGUUGCCUUGACAGGUGGUCCAUCAUACAAGGUGGAAUUGGGAAGAAGAGAUGGGAGAAUCUCUACAAGGAAAAGUGUCCAACACAAACUCCCACAUGCAGAGUUUAACCUCAACCAACUUAACACCAUGUUCGCCUCUCAUGGUCUCUCUCAAACCGAUAUGAUUGCUUUGUCAGGUGCACAUACGCUUGGAUUCUCACACUGUAAUCAAUUCUCGAAGCGUAUCUAUUCAAAGGCCGGAAUAGACCCGAACUUGAAUCGGAAAUACGCUCUUGAGCUACGACAGAUGUGUCCGGUGAAUGUAGACCCUAGAAUCGCGAUUAACAUGGAUCCCACAACACCGCAGACUUUUGACAAUGCGUAUUAUAAGAACCUCCAACAAGGGAAGGGUUUGUUUACGUCUGACCAAGUCUUGUUCACGGACACCCGGUCAAGGCCGACGGUCAACCUGUUUGCUUCUAACAACAAUGCUUUCAACCAGGCAUUCGUGAGCGCCAUCACCAAGCUUGGCCGUGUUGGGGUUUUGACCGGUAACCAGGGUGAGAUCAGACGCGAUUGCAGCAGAGUUAACUAGAAAAUUGAUUACCAUCUUUAUUAUUAUUAUUGAUUUAAAUGGGAUUAGUAGUAAAUUUGUUUUUAAAUAAGGAGGUAGCUACAUUCAUUAAUUGUGCAAAUGCAUGUAUGUAAUGUAGCCUUCCACGAACAAGCAUGCACAUCUUGUUUUCAAAUAAUAAAUGCUAGACUUUUCUUGUGAUU